AUGGCAAGUGCUGAAGGCUUGAAUUUGACAUUUGUUGUUAACUGUUUCUUCAACUCUUUCUUGUCUUUCACCGCCAUCGUAUUAAACAUCAUAACAAUGCAAGCGCUCAGAAAAACAUCGUCGUUGCCUAGGACUUUAAAGACAUUGCUACUAAGCCUUGCUGUGUCUGAUCUGGGUGUAGGCUUACUUGUCCAACCACUGUAUGUUGCAUUUCUUGUGAUGGAAAUAAAACAAAACAAAAACAGCACCGCUUAUUAUACAGUAGAGAAAGCGGGUGUAAUCCAGGCAAUAACAUUGAUCUUUGCUUCGCAUUUUGGUGUUUUUGCAUUAGCUGUGGACAGAUUCUUGGCCAUUCAGCUUCAUCUCAGAUAUCAGGAGCUUGUGACUCACAAACGUGUUGUUGCUGUUGUGAUCUCAGUCUGGGUGUUUAGUGCAUCAAUUUCCAUCCCAGUUAACUUGUUUGGUUUUUAUACUAUAAAAGCGGUCAUUUUCGUUGUUUGUGUCAUAACUACAGGAUUGCUUUAUUGCAAGAUAUACGCUUCCGUGAGACACCACACAAAUCAGAUUCACGCUCUGCAAGUACAACAGGCGACACAGAAUGAAGAUAUGGCAAAUGCCGCAAGGCUGAAAAAAACUUCACUGGCUACAUUCUACGUUUAUUUCGUGUACUUAGUUUGCUAUUUGCCAAUAUCUUGUGUUUAUUUUGCCCAGACCAAUGGUGAAACUCCCUUGUUAUCUCAGUUAUGGUAUUUCACAUUGACUCUUGUGUAUCUCAAUUCAUCCCUCAAUCCCUUAAUCUACUGCUGGAAGAUGAGACACAUUCGACAAACUGUUAUCGACAUACUUCGAAAUAUUUUCGCGAUUUGUCCCCACUAA